AUGUCGUGGCUGUUACAAGUGAAAUUUUGGCUGUUACUUACUCUAGCGAUUCCAUCAACGAUUUGUUCGAUCUUAGUUUUCAUUUAUUUUUUUCGACGAUGGAACAGGCUUACACUCGAUCAUCAUUUGACAUUAAUUCUCGUGACAGUGUGUUUUAUCCAACUGACAACGAAUUUUCCGUUUAUUAUAAUUUAUAAUCAUUUUAACUGGGUUGUUCCAACGACGGAUAGCUUUUGUCUUUGGUGGAAUUGGUGGGAGUACGGAUUGAACGGAGUUUUGCUAUUUGCGAUGGCUUGGGGAUCUAUUGAACGGCAUUUACUGGUAUUUCAUCGAGGAAUGAUGAUAACGCGAAAACAGCGAAUCUUGUUUCAUUUAUUACCAAUAUCACUUGCUUGUCUAUACCCACUUUUGUUAUAUUUCAUUGUGGUUAUAUUAAAUCCCUGUCAAAACUAUUGGCAUUACAAUGAGGUCUUUUGCGGAAUACCAUGUUAUCUAAUAGAUUAUCCAAUACUUGCAACUUAUGAUUUCAUUGCCGACAUUGUAUUUCCAGUUCUAGUGAUUGCUUCGGCUAAUGUAAGUCUUAUCAUUCGGGUUGUUUUGCAAAAACGGCAACAUAACGUAGCAUGGCGUCGACAACGUAAAUUAACUCGGCAACUUAUUGGCAUAGCUAUCAUUUAUAUACUGUUUUGGUUUCCAUUGACAUUAGGUGGACUCGUUUUAACAUUCACGUCGUCAUCGGAUUUGUUAUCCAUUCAAGUAAAUUAUUUCUUUUUCUUCGUUCAUUUUAUACCCGGUUUAUUACCAUUUACUUCGAUCACUUCGUUAUCUGAUUUCAAGAAAACCGUUUUUGGAAAACAAGGCACAAUAGUUACACCUUUUACACUUUAA